AUGGAUGGAGAUAAAAUUAAAAAUGAAGAUCAAGCUAAAAACAAACAAUGCUCAAAUCAAAAAGCAAGCAAUCAACAGCCAGGUUUUCAGUCAGUUGCAAGUCAAAGUCAAGUCAUAGGUGCCUGUGGAAUUGCUGGCUGUUCAGACAUUUCGCUGCCAGGAUCUUCAUCAAAUGAUUGCAGUCAGCUAGCAGUGCCCCCUUGCGGUGAGCAAGUAACCCCACAGCAGACUGUACAACUGCCUCGCAGUCACAGGCACUCUGUAAAUGGUGUUGGCACAGCUAAUGGAGCAAUAUCGAUAAGCUCGCCAGUCAAUGCUGUUGUUAAAGCUUCCAGCACAGGAACAUUGUCUGGUUCGCCAUCCCAGUUUUAUGUUCAUAGCAUUAAGCAAGAAUCGAUGACAUCUCCUUCAGCCUCCGAUUUCUUUGUGAAUUUUCCCACUUUGGUGUGUAGCAACUGUAAGGGUCCUGGCCUGGGAAAUAGUGGACUGCACACAAGUACAUGCAGUGCCAAUUUGUUUAAGAGUGAAGAUAGUGGAUGUGACUCGGAGUUCGUUAAAAGUGGACAGGCCUUCUUUCAGUCUUCCUCUCUCUUGGGAUCAUCUCCACAAAAUCAAGGACAGGCUGUGUACAACUGGCAAGCCACCAAAACAAGUGUAAAAGAGCGCCUGGCAUUUUUGUACGCCACAGGCACAAUGACUGAUAUUCAGUUUAAGGUUGGGAAACAACCAAGUCAACAAAUCAUUUCGGCACACAAGUUCAUUUUGUCUGUUGGCAGUGCAGUUUUUGAUGCUCUUUUCAAUGGACACCUCGCAACUUCUGACACUAUUAUUGACAUCCCAGAUGUUGAACCAGCAGCUUUUGGAGCUCUGCUGCGGUUUCUGUACACGGACGAGGUUCAGAUUGGCCCAGAGACUGUGAUGACCACCCUCUAUACUGCCAAAAAGUAUGCGGUUCCUGCUUUGGAACGUGCUUGUGUCGAUUUUCUCAAGCGUAAUUUAAGUCCAGAUAAUGCAUUUAUGCUCUUAACUCAAGCUCGUUUGUUCGAUGAGCCUCAGCUUGCAGCUUUGUGCUUAGAGACAAUUGACAAGAACACGUCAGAAGCUUUGGCAGCUGAUGGAUUCACAGAUAUAGAUCUGGAUACAUUGUGUGCUGUCUUGGAGAGGGAUACUUUAGGCAUUAGAGAGUGUAAGCUGUUUUCUGCUGUGUGUAGGUGGGCGGAAGCUGAAUGUUUGAGGCAGAACAAUAUGCCUCCUACCAGUGAAAACCAGCGCCGUGUGUUAUCACAAGCACUUCGCCUGAUCAGGUUUCCGUUGAUGACAGUAGAAGAGUUUGCAAUGGGGUCCGCACAAAGUGGGAUCCUGGAAGACAGGGAGGUGGUGGAGCUGUUUCUCUACUUCACUGUGAACCCAAAGCCUGUCAUCAGCUUCUCAGAUGUGCCCAGAUGUUGCCUGACUGGCAAGGAGCAGGUUGUGUCCAGGUUCUGUCAGAUUGAGAGCAGGUGGGGCUACAGUGGAACCAGUGACAGAAUUAGAUUCAUGGUGAAUAGGAGAAUUUUUGUUGUGGGUUUUGGCCUCUAUGGAAGCAUACAUGGUCCCACAGAAUAUGCUGUUAAUAUUCAGAUUGUUCACAUGGAUUCAACAAAAGUGCUGGGUUCGAAUGACCCCACCUUUCAGUGUGACGGAACAACAUCAACUUUCAGGGUCAUGUUUAAGGAACCAGUGGAGAUCUUGCCAAACACUAGCUACAUUGCUUGUGCCACACUGAAGGGUCCUGACUCAUAUUAUGGAUCCAAAGGCUUGCGGAAAGUGACUCAUGAGUCAGUUUCAAGUGGGAAAGUGACUUUCCAAUUUACCUAUGCUGCUGGAAAUAACAAUGGCACAUCCGUGGAAGAUGGUCAGAUACCUGAAAUUAUUUUCUACACUUAA